GCCCCGCCCACCCCGUCACCCGUAACAACCACUGGAGCCCUCGCCGCGCCCCUCCUCCCUCCCGCCCCCCCGGCCCCCUCCCCGGAACCGGCGGUGGAGCUGCGGCCGCCGAGCAGUCGAACCGCGACGGCCCCGCGGAGCCGCCGGUAUGAACGCCCUUCGCCACCCCGCGUGCCAGGCCCGGCCUUUCUGACAAGAGCUAGACUUUGGGCGCCUUGAGGAUAUUCAGUUUGUACGUUUGAAUAUCCUCUCACCAUGUUCAGCAUAAAAUAUCAUUCUUAAUGAUUAUCCUCAGCAAGACAGGUGUGAGAGGAUUGCUAUUAUAUUACAAUCAUGGUGCAAAAAUACCAGUCACCAGUGAGGGUGUACAAAUACCCCUUUGAAUUAAUUAUGGCUGCCUAUGAAAGGAGGUUCCCUACAUGUCCCUUGAUUCCGAUGUUCGUGGGCAGUGACACUGUGAAUGAAUUCAAGAGUGAAGAUGGGGCUAUUCACGUCAUCGAAAGGCGCUGCAAGCUGGACGUGGAUGCGCCCAGGCUGCUGAAGAAGAUCGCAGGAGUUGAUUUUGUUUAUUUUGUCCAGAAAAACUCACUGAAUUCUCGGGAACGUACUUUGCACAUCGAGGCUCAUAAUGAAACGUUUUCCAAUCGGGUCAUCAUUAACGAGCAUUGCUGCUACACCGUUCACCCUGAAAAUGAAGAUUGGACCUGUUUUGAGCAGUCUGCAAGUUUAGAUAUUAAAUCUUUCUUUGGUUUUGAAAGUACAGUGGAAAAAAUUGCAAUGAAACAAUAUACCAGCAACAUUAAAAAAGGAAAGGAAAUCAUUGAAUACUACCUUCGCCAGUUGGAAGAAGAAGGCGUAACCUUUGUGCCCCGUUGGACUCCGCCUUCCAUCACGCCCUCUUCAGAGACAUCUUCAUCCUCCUGCAAGAAACAAGCAGCGUCCAUGGCCGUUGUCAUCCCAGAUGCCGCCUUCAAGGAGGGGCUGAGCGGCGAUGCCCUCAGCAGCCCCAGCGCACCUGAGCCCGUGGUGGGCACCCCUGAUGACAAACUAGAUGCCGACUACAUCAAGAGAUACUUGGGUGAUUUGACUCCACUGCAGGAGAGCUGCCUCAUUAGACUUCGCCAGUGGCUCCAGGAGACUCACAAGGGCAAAAUUCCAAAAGAUGAGCAUAUUCUUCGGUUCUUACGUGCGCGGGAUUUUAAUAUUGACAAAGCCAGAGAGAUCAUGUGUCAAUCUUUGACGUGGCGGAAGCAGCACCAGGUAGACUACAUUCUCGAUACCUGGACCCCUCCACAGGUCCUUCAGGAUUACUACGCAGGAGGCUGGCAUCAUCACGACAAAGAUGGGCGGCCCCUCUACGUGCUCAGGCUGGGGCAGAUGGACACCAAAGGCUUGGUGAGAGCGCUCGGGGAGGAGGCCCUGCUGAGAUACGUUCUCUCCAUAAAUGAAGAAGGGCUAAGACGAUGUGAAGAGAAUACAAAAGUCUUCGGACGGCCUAUCAGCUCCUGGACCUGCCUGGUGGACCUGGAAGGGCUGAACAUGCGCCACCUGUGGAGACCCGGCGUCAAAGCGCUGCUGCGGAUCAUCGAGGUGGUGGAGGCCAAUUACCCCGAGACGCUGGGCCGCCUUCUCAUCCUGCGGGCACCCAGGGUGUUUCCUGUGCUCUGGACGCUGGUGAGUCCCUUCAUUGAUGACAACACCAGAAGGAAAUUCCUCAUUUAUGCAGGAAACGACUACCAGGGUCCGGGAGGCCUGCUGGAUUACAUUGACAAAGAGAUUAUUCCAGAUUUCCUGAGCGGGGAGUGCAUGUGCGAAGUGCCAGAGGGUGGACUGGUCCCCAAAUCUCUGUACCGGACUGCAGAGGAGCUAGAGAAUGAAGACCUCAAGCUCUGGACCGAGACCAUCUACCAGUCUGCAAGCGUCUUCAAAGGAGCCCCGCAUGAGAUUCUCGUUCAGAUUGUGGAUGCCUCUUCAGUCAUCACUUGGGAUUUCGACGUGUGCAAAGGGGACAUUGUCUUCAACAUCUAUCACUCCAAGAGGUCGCCACAGCCACCCAAAAAGGACUCCCUGGGGGCCCACAGCAUCACCUCUCCAGGCGGGAACAAUGUGCAGCUCAUAGACAAAGUCUGGCAGCUGGGCCGCGACUACAGCAUGGUGGAGUCGCCUCUGAUCUGCAAAGAAGGAGAAAGCGUGCAGGGCUCCCAUGUGACCAGGUGGCCGGGCUUCUACAUCCUGCAGUGGAAGUUCCACAGCAUGCCUGCGUGCGCCGCCAGCAGCCUGCCCCGGGUGGACGACGUGCUCGCCUCCCUGCAGGUGUCUUCGCACAAGUGCAAAGUCAUGUACUACACCGAGGUGAUCGGCUCCGAGGAUUUCAGAGGCUCCAUGACCAGCCUGGAGUCCAGCCACAGUGGCUUCUCGCAGCUGAGUGCUGCCACCACCUCCUCCAGCCAGUCCCACUCCAGCUCCAUGAUCUCCAGGUAGUGCCGCGCCUAGUGUGCAGAGGGGAUGACCGCCCCUCCUCCAACAGCCAGCUGCGGCCGCCCGCCCACCCAGCGCGACAUUGUACAGACUCCUUUCACCUCUAGAUAGCAAGUAGCUCUCCGGAUGGUAAACGUAGUCAUUUGAUCCCAAAACUCUCUUGGCAGGUAGUUUUAACUCUGAUCCUAACUUAACUCAAUAGCCAUAGAUUUUGUUACGUUGUGCACAAAAUCCAACCAGAGCACAAGGGCUCUCUUGAAAGAACAGUAGCUUUUAUACCAGUUAAAAGAUUGAUGCGGUCCCAGAUAUUGAUGCAAAAAAUUUUUCCAACGAACUCUGCAUUGUCCGUUAGUGAAUGAAUUCCUGUGACAUCCUCGAGAGAUGGCCCUUCCUCACCUGGGACAGAAGCUGCCAGCACAUGUCCCCCAAGCUGCAUCGUGGCCCUCACACCUCCUGUCACUGUCGAGAUGGUCUGUGGACUUAGGGACGGCCCGUGAGGUCCUUCUUCCUCUGAGGAUUCAGAGGCCGCCUGCGGAGCACCCUGUCCCGUGGGCAGACCCCCCCACUCCACGUGCUGUCCUGAAGUGGGGCUGGGGGCUCAGGAGGGGUUCUGGGGGACUCCGGGGGACUCCAGGAAAAUGCUGCCAUCAUUCAACGUUACUUCCUCUCUCCUCCUUUUCAAAUCUUUUUAAUACUUUUUAGAGCUGGAUUUUUCUGUGUGUGAACUUGGGUGGGGGGAGGGUUCUUACCCUUUUUCUUUCCACGCGUCGCCCCCUCACCUGCAGUCAGCUCAGCGUAGGCAUCUCUCCUCUGUGUCCUCCUGCGGCCGCUAGAGGCCGUUGGAACCAGCAAGUCACAUUUGCCAUUUGACACCGUCCACAGGGUUUUAUUCAUAGCUAAGCAGCAUCUGCCACAUCCACGUCAGGGUGGCCUGUGGCCUGUGGCCUGUAGGAGCCCUGCAUCUUUGUACAGGGAAUGGUGGACUCAAGCGUGUGCGUGCGUGCAUGUGCUGUGUGUGUGCAUGACGGCAGGAGGGGCUGGGGGGACGGGGCGUGUAGAAACUUAGUUUGAGUAACAGAGGAGUCUACAGAAGCAAAUCAGAAUGUGGGAUUUGUUUGCCUUUUACAUUUUCUGUUUAAUUCCUGAUUUUUAAAGCCUGCUGUACCUGGUACAGGCCCUCAGGUUUCAGCUUUUCAUGGGAAGAGCAGGGGAUUUGAGAAUCUGUCUGGAAGCCGCAUAGGGACGGCCUCCAUGGUAGACACGCAGCGUGUGUCUCUGUGCAGCAGAGGCCGUGCUUUUCAUGCCAAACCCCACGUUGGCUGUCACCCGUGUGCGUGGUAAGCGUGGAAAUCCUGGUGGUGCCGUCUCAGCGCUGCUCUGAGGCAUUGGGUCGGUGCCGCGUCACCGGAGGGCUGUGUGGAGGCCGUGUGUGCCCUGUGCAGGGAUCAGGAGGGCUGGGGAGGGACCCAGCAGCCCUCCCGCCCGGUCAGGUCAGCCCCAGGGGCUCCCUGCACACUGUAGCUGUCCUGGGCCUCCGCGGUCACCUGCCUUUGGUCCACGUUGGUGUGUUUGCUUUUAGAGAUCCAGCUCCUCAGUUGUACCCGAAGCCUUGCUUCCAGGAAGUACGGCAGGGCGAGUAGCGCAUCUGUGCUGCCCCCGUUUGGUGCCUCCUGUUCCCACAUCACAAGGACCUGAAGAUGGUCCCUGCUUUCUCUUUCUUUCUCUUUCUCUGUGUCUCAGAUGGCGAUUUUGCUGACAGCUGCCAAGAAAAUGCUUCAUUCAACAGUCCUCAUGUGCCCAGAGAUGUUUAUAGAACUGUUUGAAUUGCAGCCAUCCCCUGCCCCUCCCAGGCUGAAGAUCUGUUCUUUUUAAGUUGAUUCGGGAGUGGCACUCUUUCAUCCCCAGAGAACUGAGUGCAUCUUUAAGAGCCCCCAGCACACGGCUGCACAAAUGCUCACAGGGUCCAGGUCUCCUGAGUAAUCCAGUCUCACUCUCCCUGGGAGGGAAGCUGGGGCAGCUGUGGUUUGAGUAUGUCGUUUGCAUCGCGUUUCUACUUUUAGUACCUUGCCACUCUUUUAAAAUGCUGCUGUCAUUUCCCGUUUCUUAGUACUAACGAUUCUUCGAUUUUCCCUCUAUUACUAGUGUCUCUCUAUUCACUUUCCUUCCUAAACUUGUGAUUUGCAUAUCAAAUUCUGUAAAUGUUUUGUAAACAUAUUACCUCACUCUUGGUAAUACAAUACUGAUAGUCUUUAAAAGAUUUUUUUAUUGUUAUCAAUAAUAAAUGUGAACUGUUUAAAGAAAA